AAGAACAAAUCAUGUUCAUACCCACUGUUAUUUGAUAAUAAAAAAACGCAAGGACAACCCACGUUCAAUUAUGAAAUUCAUUUUUCAACAUCUGAUGUGGUUUAGAACUUCUAUUGUAAAAGCUAUACGAUAUAGAAAGAAAGAUAAUGUAACAGAAACACAAAAAAUCUCAAAUUUGGUUAGAGAUGCUGCGUAUAAUACAUACCGCAUUUUGGGGCACCAUUCAAAUUUUGAUACAUGCUUUGGCAAUAAAAAUAUACUAUUCGAUAAAAGUUGGGUGUUACAAGCAGAAAGUUGUGGAAUAAUGAUAGAAAUAAAUACUAUUAUCAGUCAAUUAGUCAUUAAUUCUAAAUGUUUGGUUUUAGAUUUAGGAAAAUUUGGAAAACAAUUUUUGGAAGAUGGUGGCGGAAAGAUACUUCAUAAUAAAAAGAGGCUUUCAACAUCAAUAAAUAGAUAUAAAAGAUCAGGUCUAGAUGAGAAUGAUGGUUUAGCAAAAGAGUUGUCUGAAGAAUUUGAAAAACAAAAAAUUGAUUUUAUAAACAAAUUAAGAGAAAUUGAUAAAGAAAAACUAGAAAAAGAUACUAGAGAACAAGCAAAAUCUCCACUAUGGUUCUCAGAAAGGAAAAAAAGAAUAACUUCUUCUAAAGUAGGAAAAAUUUGCAAAAUGCGACCACACACAUCAUGUAAAAAAACAGUUCAUGAACUACUGUAUGGCGAACUAAAUUAUAAAAUUAAAUCUAUAGAGUAUGGACGUAUGAUGGAAACCGUGGCCAAACAAAAGUUUGAAGAAAUAUUUAAAAUUAUUAUUGAACCUGUGGGUUUAUGUGUGGAUGAAAAUGAUCCUUAUAUAGCAGCAAGUCCAGAUGGUCUUAUUGAAGACGAUUCAAUUAUUGAAAUUAAAUGUCCCUUCUCUGCUAUAACCGAAGUAAAUAUGUUAGAAGCGGUUAAAAAUGGAAAAGUAUCAUUUUGCCAAAUUGACAAAGAAAAAUGUGUAACAUUAAAAACCAACCAUGACUAUUAUUAUCAAAUCCAAACUCAAUUACAUGUUACAAAAAGAACAAAAUGUUACUUUUUUAUUUUCACAGACAAUUGGUCUUAUAAUAUAAUUAUUUCAUAUGAUGUCAACUUUUGGAACACAAAAAUAAAGUUGCAGUUAGAUAAAUUUUAUAAGGAAUGUUUAUUGCCUGAAUUGAUCAGUCCACUAUUUGGCAAACGUCUUUUAGUUAGCGACAUAAGAGAUCCGGCAAGAAUUUUGAAAGAACAGUAUACAAGAAAGAAAUAACAAAAAAUCCUUACUCUAAUUCCAUUGGGACGCUGACACCUAUUUUUUUUUUUUUUUUGGUUGUUUUUAAAUUAUUAUAUUAGUAAAUAGUUUUUUUAUUAUAUAUUAUGAUAUAAACCACAUGACAGAAUUUAUUAUUACCUCAAGUAUAGCGAGAUUGUGUGCUCACGCCGCAUAGGUAAUUUGGAUCUAGCUUGAAAAUUAAACAUAAGAUUUCUGAUAAUUUGUUCUUAAAGAGUAAGGCUCUCUUAUGUAGGUAUGAAUAAUGAUAGUUAUAAUGAUACAACGUGCAACGCUAUAUGUGUAUAUGUAUAUUAUACUUUUUAUUUUGUGCUGACCGCUGAUAUUAUGUUUAAUAAUAAAAUGUUAUAAUGUUAGUAAUUUAUUUUGCAUAAUACCUGUGGGCUGUGGCGUUGAAAUCCUUAUAAAUAUAUUAUAUAAUCAUAAGCGAAACCAUGUUAUUAGGACAAGCCAAAUUAUAAAUAUUAUUCAAAUAAGUUCUUAAUUUUAAUUUUUAAUUCUAUUAAGACAGUAUGUUAUCCAGUAAGUAUUAGAUCAAGCCACUAUUAUCAAACUAUUAGUUUCACUUCUUUACAGUGGCGUGCUGAAAAGCUACUUUUGAGGCAAUUGCCUCAGGGAUAAUACGGGUGAGUGGAUAGGUUAUUAGGGUGCAACUGGUCACUAAUUUGAUCAUAUAUUUUAAAUAUUAUAUAAAUGUAUACAAUUUGUUAAAGUAUCAAUUGAGUACGAAAAACAUGACGGUGGUAGGGUGGGUGAUCAAAUUGUAUAGUUUGCCUCAGGUCUGAAAAAUGUUCUGCGCGCCACUGCUUCCAUAUAUCAUAAUCUUCUCCGAGUAGGAAUGUAUACAAUUAUUAUUCUCGUCAGCGGCUGUAUUUUAGUGGCGUACUUCAUCCUGUUUAUAAUAUUAUACUACUACGAUAGGAGUAAAUAGGAUUUGAGAUUUGGGGGGCUAAAGCCCUACUUUAAUAUUAUCGAAUAGAGUUACAUUUAGGAAACGAUUGGAGGGCUAUGGAAUUUUUUGGGCGUCUCAACCCCUAAUGCCCCCCUCCAUCUAUUUGUUAUUCCUAUGGGCUAUGACUACUAACACUCACGAAGUCACGACGCCGAAACGAUAUGUGAAUUAAGUUGCCGCAAUGAUUUGCUCCUCAAUAAAUAGCCAGCACCAGAAGCCUUAAAUUUAAUUUAAAAUUAAUCUUCAUGCAUGGGGUAUAAUAAUUCAAAUCAAAUAUUACAUUCAAAUUAAAUAAAUACAGUAUGUCAGUAUAUAUCUUGGUCUCCCCGAUAUCCGCCACUAGUAUACAUUAUAUUCAGUAGGUAUGCUCAUAAAAUCAUAACAGUACAAUAUUAUAGUUUUGUUCGCAGCAAUACUUCACUUUAAGCUGCAUAUCAAAUAGGUAAGAAAUAAAGAAACUAAAAAAAACUUCUUUGUCAUCAUAACCAACUGCAUUUUUGUGUCAUAUACACAUAUUCAAUUAUGCGUACAUUAUACCUACUCUUUGUGAUAAUAAAAAACAGAUAUAAUUUAAAGUAUUAUUGUUUUACUAUGAAUAGGUA